UAACAAUUCGGUCGACAUAUUGAGAGAAAAGUACAUAAAAUUCAAUAUUUGUGAAUUUUCUCUUAAAUUUUAUUAAAAUUCACUUUGUGAGGCCUUUCGUUGUACAAAAUUUAUAAAUUUAUCAAUUCGUUGCGCUUUUUGGCUUUACCAAGCUUUAUUCAAUUAACAAGUUAACGCAAAAAUGUCGGACAAUUCGGCGGUCUCCGGUAUACUCAAUGCGGUGCUGUGCGGCGUUACCGGAUAUGGAUUCUAUGCAAUGCCCCCACAGAAUCAUCCGUAUGCUUUCUCGGCCUGUUUGAUUGGCUUCUGCCAUGGUCUGCUGGGGCUGAUCGAGUGCAUCUCUGGCAGCGAACAAGUGAAGUCGGCCAGGGAGACGACCAAUUCGAUUCUGGAAAUAGUUCCCUUGCCUCUUGUCAACAUUGAUAUAUUCUUUGGGGGCGAGAGCAACAACAUUGCCCUGGGUCACGGCCUGUUCAUUGUACCAAUGGCCAUCUCAGUGCUGGUCGGCCUGAUCAAGGGUGAAGGUGGCGAGGGCGAUGAAGCGGUCGAGACACUCAAGCUUCUGACCAUUCUGGGUAACAUAACAUCUCUCUGCUACCUUGCCAUCAACGAGGGUAGCUAUCACAUGGGCGGCAUGGCCUUCCUCGCGUUCAUGGCCAAAUAUGGUUCUGAAUUCCUGGAGACUCAAGUCGAGGGCUCUGGGGAUCCGAUCAAGUACAUCAGCUGGUCCGGAUUCUAUUUACUUACCAGCUUUGCCAUUGGCAAGAAGUAAUCAACCCGAAUUGUUUGAGAAACGCAUCACAUAAAAUACACAAAUACUAAAAAAAAAAACACGAUUAGACCCAAUUGAAAAAGUUGAAAUGAAA